AUGUUGCAGAUGGUCUCUUCCCACACCCGUGCGCUUCGCGUGCCCGGCAUACUUCGCACCCCGACUCCGUCAGUUCGCUUUUAUUCACAUGCGAACGUCAAUGGCCAUCGAACGCCUCCGCUCGCUGGAAUUACCGUUAUCAGCCUGGAACAGGCCAUUGCAGCACCGUUUUGUACGCGGCAGUUAGCUGACCUCGGAGCACGAGUCAUUAAGGUGGAGCGACCGGGAGUUGGUGACUUUGCCCGCCAGUAUGACACUCGCGUCAAUGGAGCAGCGUCCCAUUUUAUUUGGACCAAUCGAUCCAAAGAAAGCUUGGCGCUUGACCUCAAGAAUAAAAAAGACCAUGCAGUCCUGAUGAAGCUCCUGCAAAAAGCGGACGUGCUGGUACAGAAUCUGGCCCCUGGAGCAAGCGCACGACUCGGGUUAUCUUACGAAUCUCUCAAGAAAGAUCACCCUUCUCUCAUCGUAUGUGAUAUCUCAGGAUAUGGCCAAAACGGUCCAUAUCGUGACAAGAAGGCGUAUGAUCUACUCAUUCAAAGUGAAGCGGGGAUGCUCUCUGUCACCGGCACUGGAAAGGAGCCGGUCAAGGUGGGUAUAUCCAUUGCCGAUAUAUCCGCCGGCAUGUACGCAUAUACCAACAUUCUUUCUGCAUUGCUGCAGCGAGGGAAGGACGGCCAAGGCUGUCGCAUUGACAUCUCGAUGCUCGAGAGCAUGGUCGAAUGGAUGGGCUUCCCAAUGUACUAUGCAUUUGAUGGCGCUCCGGGGCCUGUCCCUGCAGGUGCGUCGCAUGCUGCCAUCUACCCAUAUGGUCCGUUUGAAACCAGCGACGGACAGGUAAUGCUGGGAAUUCAAAACGAGAGAGAGUGGGCCAGUUUCUGCUCUGGUGUUCUUGCGCGUCCAGAUUUAGUAUCGGAUUCCCGAUUUGCAAACAACUCCUUACGUGCUCAAAACCGAGAUGCACUCAGAACUAUCAUCUGCGAUACAUUCUCAAAUCUAACAUCGAAAGAGACCAUUGAGCGGCUUGAUAAAGCUACGAUUGCUAAUGCGAACGUAAACGACAUGCACUUGGUUUGGAAACACGCUCAGCUACAAGCUCGCGAUCGAUGGCUGGAGGUCCAAACCCCCGUCGGUUCUGUUCAGGCUCUCCUUCCACCAGGUGCCACAAAGGCAGCUGAGCAGGGUGGCUAUGGAGCGCAAAUGGGGCCUGUACCGAGCGUAGGUGAGCACAACAAGGCAAUCAUGGAAGAGUUGGGGAUGGAGGAGUGA